AUGGACCCUCGUUACCAUCGCACGCCUUCGCCAGGCCAGCCCCUCCAACAAGGCUACCAGUUGGAGGACAACCCAUUCAACAAUGCUCAGUACCAGCAGUCCCAUCCGUCACAUCUGGACGACCCUUAUGCGCGUCAGAACCAGCUCGAGAUCCCCGGCGCUCCAGCUCGCUUUGGCACCCCAAGUGACCAUCUCCAACUGAACUCAGCACACUCCGUUGACAACCUCAGCGGGUACGACUCACGGAGUCACCAAGGCGACUAUGGCGUGAACCCCGAAGCGCAUCACGAUGCCUACUACAAUCAGCCCUACGAGCCUUCCCCCCACGACCCCAACAUGCCGUACGACCAGCCUACUGGCUACAGCGAGUAUGAUGACCACCGUCCGAUGCUUGGCCACCAAGACAGCUCGCCUCAAGACCCAUACACAGACGCUCCGACACCCCAGCCGGCUGGAGGCAUCAAGAGGUGGAAGACUGUCAAGCAGGUGCUUCUGUACCGUGGAAACUUGGUUCUUGACUGCCCCGUGCCCCCUAGGUUGCUCAACCAACUCCCUCACGGCGAACGUGACGAGUUCACUCACAUGCGCUACACUGCCGCUACUUGCGACCCCAACUACUUUUACGAUGACAACUUCACGCUCAGACAGAAGCUUUUCUCCAAGCCGAGACAUACGGAGCUCUUUAUCGUCGUCACCAUGUACAACGAAGACGAAAUUCUGUUCGCCCGAACCAUGAUUGGUGUGUUCAAGAACAUCGAGUACAUGUGCAACCGCAAGGAGAGCAAGACAUGGGGCAAGGAUGCCUGGAAGAAGAUUGUCGUGUGCGUGGUUAGCGAUGGUCGUGCCAAGAUUAACCCGAGAACAAGAGCUCUGCUGGCUGGUAUGGGUGUCUACCAGGAGGGUAUUGCCAAGCAGCAGGUCAACAACAAGGAUGUCACUGCUCACAUUUACGAGUACACCACCCAGGUCGGUAUGUCGAUCAAGAAUGACGUCGUCACCUUGAUCCCCAAGCAGCAGCCCGUCCAAGUUCUGUUCUGCUUGAAGGAGAAGAACCAGAAGAAGAUCAACUCCCACAGAUGGUUCUUCCAGGCAUUCGGCCGUGUUCUGGACCCCAACAUUUGCGUGCUUAUCGAUGCCGGUACCAAGCCCGGAGGCAACUCCAUCUACCACCUGUGGAAGGCGUUCGAUCUUGAGCCCAUGUGCGCCGGCGCUUGCGGUGAGAUCAAGGCCAUGUUGGGAACCGGUGGAAAGCACCUCCUCAACCCUCUGGUUGCGACGCAGAACUUUGAGUACAAGAUGAGCAACAUCCUCGACAAGCCCCUCGAGUCCGCAUUUGGCUUCAUUUCCGUCUUGCCCGGUGCCUUCUCCGCCUACCGAUAUGUCGCUCUGCAAAACGACAAGAACGGGCAGGGUCCGCUGGAGAAGUACUUUGCCGGUGAGAAGCUCGAGGGUGCAGGAGCCGGUAUCUUCACAUCCAACAUGUACCUCGCCGAAGAUCGUAUCCUCUGCUUUGAGCUUGUCACCAAACGUAACUGCCAUUGGAUUCUGCAGUACGUCAAGUCCGCUACUGGCGAGACUGAUGUACCCGACACGGUCACGGAAUUGGUUCUCCAGCGUCGUCGUUGGCUGAACGGUUCCUUCUUCGCUGCCAUCUACGCUAUCGCCCACUUCUACGAAUUCUUCCGGUCUGAUCACUCUAUGCUGCGCAAACUCAUGUUCUUCAUUGAGUUUGUCUUCAACACGAUUAACAUGAUUUUCGCCUGGUUCGCUAUCGGUAACUUCUUCCUGGUUUUCAAGAUCCUCACGACGAGUUUGGGCGACGACGAAUUGCUUGGUAGGACAGGCGAGAUUCUCGGUGUCGUUUUCACUUGGCUCUACGGUAUUUCCUUGAUCACCUGUUUCGUGCUCUCCAUGGGCAAUCGGCCAGCGGGUUCAGGACCUUACUACAUCACGAUGGUUUACUUCUGGGCAUUUAUUAUGGUUUACUUGCUCUUCGCGGCCGUCUUCAUCGCCGUCAAGGCCAUUUUGAAAGAUGUCAACGACUCGAACGGUUUCAACAUCUCUGAACUGUUCUCCAACCCCGUCUUCUAUACCCUCAUCAUCUCCGUCAUGUCUACCUACGGUAUCUGGCUGAUUGCCUCGUUGCUCAUGUUCGAUCCUUGGCACAUGUUCACGUCCUUUGUGCAGUACAUGCUGCUGACGCCCACUUACACCAACAUUCUCAACGUCUACGCCUUCUGCAACACCCACGACAUCUCCUGGGGUACCAAGGGUGAUGACAAGGCCGAGAAGCUGCCGACUGUCAGCACCAAGGACGGCUCUGGAAAGACGGAUCUGCCUGAUGAGGCUGAUCUUAACGCCCAGUAUGAGCGCGAGUUGGGAGUCUUCGGCACCAAGUUUGUGGCGGAAGUCAAGCCUCCUACGGAGGCGCAGAAGGCGGAAGCCCAGAUGGACUACUACCGCGGUGUCCGCUCUGUUGUCGUUCUCGCCUGGAUGAUUGCAAAUUUCGGUCUUGCCGCCGUCGUUCUCAGUGCCGCCGGUCUGGAACGCAUAACCCCAUCCGCAAACAGCACCGAGGACCCGAACGGUCGCGCCAACAUCUACAUGUCUGUCGUGUUGUGGUCCGUUGCCGGUCUCUCAGCAUUCAAGUUCAUUGGCGCCAUGUGGUUCCUUGUUGUCCGCAUGUUCAGAGGUGUUUAA